AUGGCCGGAGAGUUAAAGGUUCAGGACCCGUCCGAGUUCUUCCAGUCGAUCGGCAGCAAGGUCGAGGGCUUUGCGCCCAAGGCAAAUGGCGAGGCCGAGGACGACUUCAAGCCCGUUGACGAAAUUGAGUCGCUUUGCAUGAACUGCCACGAAAAUGGAAUGACCAGGAUUCUCCUCACCUCGAUCCCGUACUUCCGUGAAGUCGUCAUCAUGUCUUUCAGCUGCGAGCACUGUGGCUUUCACAACAACGAGAUCCAACCGGCCGGGACGAUCCAGCCCAAGGGCACGCACUACGAACUGCGACUUACAGAACUCCCCGACUUUGGACGCCAGGUCAUCAAGUCCGACUCCGCCGUUGUCAAGUUUAUCGAGCUGGACCUCGAGAUUCCUGCCGGUCGCGGUCAGCUUAGCAAUGUCGAGGGUCUCCUCACAACUGUUCUUGACGAUCUCGAGAUGGGACAGGAGGCACGCAAGGAGCAAGCCCCCGAGGUACACACCAAGAUUGCCGAACUUAUCGCCAAGGGUCGCGCUAUGCUUGCUGGCGAGUCCUUCCCCUUCCGCGUUUACGUCGACGAUCCUGCCGGCAACUCAUUCAUUGCGCCCGACCUGAAGGACGGUGUCGGCAAGUGGGAGAAGCGCGAAUACCCCCGUACAUCUGAGCAGAAUGCUGCUCUUGGCCUCGCUGACAGCGAUGUCAACGCUGCUAUUGCCGCCAAGGAGGCCGGCUCCGGCAGCGGUGGUUACCCUGGUCUGACUAACGAUGGCGAAAUUAUCCCUGACGAGGUUUAUGACUUCCCGGCUACUUGCCCCGGAUGCAUGCAUGCGUGCGUUACCCACAUGAAGAUGGUUGAUAUCCCACACUUCAAGCAGGUUGUUCUCAUGUCUACUGUGUGUGACGACUGCGGCUACCGCUCGAACGACGUCAAGACCGGCGGUGAGAUCCCUGAGCAGGGCGAGAUCAUCAGGCUUACCGUCGAAGACAAUAUCGAUCUCGCGCGCGAUAUCCUUAAGAGCGAGACAUGUGGUCUCGAAUGCCCGGAGCUGCAACUACAGGUCAAUCCUGGCACGCUCGGAGGACGCUUCACCACGGUCGAAGGUCUUCUGACACAGGUCCGAGGCGAUCUCCACGGUCAAAUCUAUUCAAACGCCCAAACCGGGCAGGGCGGUGACUCGCUGGCCUCUGGCGACAAGACGCAGUGGGAUAGCUUCUUUGAGGGUCUUGACGCAGCAAUCCGCGGCGAUAAGAAGUUCACUGUCGUCCUCACUGAUCCAUUUGCGAGCAGCUUCGUCCAGCCAUUGGCGGACCCCCCGGCAGCUGACCCCAAGAUUACGCGCACCAAAUACCAGCGCACGGUAGAGGAAGAAGAGGAGCUGGGUCUUGGGGACAUGAAAACCGAAGGAUACGAAGCGGAGGCGCAUCAAAAUGGCGUCAACGGCGAGGCCCAGGAAUAA